GUAGCUACUUGGCCUCCGGUUACAGUACUGCAACAAGGCAGAUACGGUGGCAGAAGGGAACAAAAAUUAUUUUUUUUGUUGGAUUAAAUCAUUCUGAGACGUAAAUCCAUGUAAGAAAUAUGGAAGACGGAGGCUUUUGUUGGUGUCGUGGGUAGCUACUGUCUGCAUAGGUGUUAUCAUAAGGCUGGAGGUUAAAUCCACAGGUGGAACACUUGUACUUUUUGAAGAACGUAACAUUCAGAUGUAUCUAUAAUGAAAUAGAAUAGCAGAAAAACAUGCUGUGUAAGUCGCAUUGGGCAAGGGCGUUUCUGGAGAAAAAACGUGUUCGUGCAAUUGCGCUGCAUAUUGCGUUCGCAGUUUUCGAUAAACCACAAAGGAGCGUAGGAUGCCAUAAAUCGCACAAUAGCAUCGACUUUGCUUGCGCUUUCAAUGAAUGACUGGCAAUUUCAACAUCUCAUCGAAAUACAAUUGCGACGGAAUUUCUUUACGGACCUUCGAGCUUCUUCAGUAUUCGUCAGAAUGUUAUAAUUAACCUGCUGCAUGUCAUAUAGGCUACACUUAUUUUAAGUUUUCUCGGAAUUAAAUGGUUUCGCUCAUGCGCUAGUGUGAACACCCAUGAUGUGGUGAGUUGCACUAGCAUUUCAGCGCGGCUGCCCACCAUCCUUCUCCAUUCUCUUUCGCCGCGCGCGAAGAUGAAGAAGCAGAACAUUCGAACCUUUUCUCUGAUCCUGUGCAUGUUUUCCUACCUGCUCGUUGGGGCCGCCGUUUUCGAUGCACUGGAGUCAGAAACUGAAAACUCGAGGAAGAGAAUACUUGAAGAGAAACGUGACGACGUUAAGAAGAAAUACGGCUUUUCAGAUGAUGACUAUCGAGCAAUAGAGUGUGUGGUUUUGCAAGCUGAGCCCCAUCGCGCAGGGAGGCAGUGGAAAUUCGCUGGAUCCUUCUACUUUGCCAUCACCGUCAUAACAACGAUAGGCUAUGGCCAUGCGGCUCCUGGUACAGAUGGAGGAAAGGUGUUCUGCAUGUUCUACGCGGCUCUGGGGAUCCCCCUGACGCUUGUGAUGUUCCAAAGCCUGGGGGAGAGGAUGAACACCUUCGUCCGCUACCUGCUGAGGAAGACCAAGCAGAGCCUCGGCCUGCGGCGGACAGAGGUCUCCAUGGAGAACAUGGUGCUGGUGGGUUUGCUGUCCUGCAUUGGCACCCUGGGCGUUGGGGCGGCCACCUUCUCCUACUACGAGGGCUGGACCUUCUUCAACGCCUACUACUACUGCUUCAUCACCCUCACCACCAUCGGCUUCGGGGACUUUGUGGCCCUGCAGAAGAAGGAGGACCUGCAGGAGAAGACGUCCUACGUGGCCUUCAGCUUCAUGUACAUCCUGGUGGGGCUGACGGUCAUUGGGGCCUUCCUCAACCUGGUGGUGCUCCGCUUCCUCACCAUGAACUCGGAGGAUGAGAGACGCGACGCGGAGCAGCGGGCGUCCUUCAAGAGGGGACGGGGCGUGGGAUGGGGCGUUGCCGGGAGGCAGGGGGGACUCAGCUCAGAUGAGGACAGGUGCAGUAGAAGCACCCUCUUCCUGCCCAUGGACGAGAGUGCCAGCUGCAUCAACCUCAUCCCGUCGCCAAGCAAGGACCAGGAGCAGGAACUGGAGCAGGUGUACCUCCAACGGUUUCACCCCCCAAAACCAGAGUCCCGCCUCCGAUCCCUCUGCCCCUGCGUUUGCUACCAGCUGGGUGUCUGUGACAGCCCCACCCUCUCACACCAUGACCAUCCAGGCUGCCACACCAACUUUGUCUACUAUAACUCCAUCUCUUACAGGAUAGAUGAGGGGUCCCACAGCUCGAGGGAAGACGUAGCCCAGUGUUCCUCUGAGGGGGCCUGCAUUUCCCCGCUCACGAGGAGGAAUUCGUUAUAGCACCUCCAGCAACUCUUCAGCAGAAAUUCUGCAGAUUUAAUGUUCAUAUACAUUUUUUUACACUGUGUAAAUCGAGAGGGUGAGCUGAGUAUCAUCUGUAAACAUUUCCAAACUCUGUUGUUUAUAUACUUGAUGUCCUUUUAAUCACACUGAAUGUUAUUUGCGCUGUACAAGUGAUUUAUGCUGCAUGAAGGAUGCAUGGUUAUAGGACAGGUAGAUUGUAUCCCUCUUCCAACAAGUUUGUGACACUGACAACAGGCCAGGAAAAAUCUCAAUGUAAUAUGUUUUAUUGUAUAUCUUAUUGUCAAAACAAAGCAAGCAACAUGUAAAUAAGUAUUAAGAAAGAAACGAAUACCUAGUGGUAAGAACUAUGGCAUGGUAAUAAGAAAUUCUACAUUCAAGGGCACAGCAGAUCCAAAACACUAUUGUAUAAAUUAUAUAUACAGUAAGGUCCAUUAGUAUUUGUACAUCAGCAUAUUGGAUUUGAAAUGAAGCAAUUUGGAACAUUAAGAAGAAAGAGAGCACUGGUGUAUGUUUGGUAUCGUUGCCUUGCUGUGGGAUGAAGCACCAUCCAAUGUGUAAAAUUGGAGGGGAGUUUGAUUGAACUUGAGUAAAUGCGUCUGUGCACCUCAGAAUGAAUUCUGCUGUUGCUAUCAGCUGUUGCAAUAUUAGUGAAGGCAAGUGAGUUAGCAGCUAUGACGGCCAUACAUGCCCAAACUAUAAUGCCCAAACCUUCAUGUUUCACAGGUGAGGCCGAGCUUUGCUUUUCUUAGCUUCCACACUCUUGCUCUUGCUAUCACUCUGAUACAAGUCAAUCUUUGUCUCAUCUGUCCACAAGACAUUUUUUCCAGAACUCUGCCGGCUCUUUUAGGUACUACAUAGCAAACUGUAACAUGGCCAUCCUGUUUUGUAACUAACUAGUGGUUUGAAUUUUCCAGUGUGGGCUCUGUAGAUCUAUUUGUGAACUUUUCUGCAGAAAGUAGUCAGUGACACAUCCUCACCUGCCUCCUGAAAUGGGUUUCUGGUUUUUCUUCAUUAUGGUGAGAAUUAUUUGGUCAAAAACUGUAGAGGUUUUC